UCUGUAGGUACUGGAAUUGAAAAUGUUUGAUUAAAAAUUAUUUUGUUUCGUUUUUUCAGAAUGUUUUCUUAUUAUGUUACUUUUGCUUCGAUAUAGUGAGAGUUGACGAGAACAGACUCAAUUACUUGUCAAAAUUAUGUGUUCCUGUUUACACAUUAUUUCUUAGAGUUGCUAACGACAUCAAGUUAGCUGAUUCUAAAUAAGAAGUUUAUAAGAUUAACGAGCUCUUCACCUUAUUCAUAAAAAAAAAACAUAUAAGAUUGAUAGAAAUUGUAUACGGAUUUUGUUUGGAGUGUAGUGAAUUACAGAAAACAUAUGUUCUGUUUAUAAAAUUAUAAAACAGAGGAAACAUUCUCAAUCUACUUUUGCUGGUGUUAAACGUAUUUUGUUAAUUUGCGACAUCAGUGCCUGUAGGUGAUAUAAAAAUAUCCCAGAAUGGGUUCGGAGCAGUCUUCGAUGCCUCAGAAAAAGCAGCAGCAAAGAGCUCCGCCCGUUCGUAGAGGACACACCAUUGCAGUUACGAGCCAUGCUGUAGCAGACGGAAGACGUAGCAUCGAUCCCAUGGCCAGUGGCAAUAAUUCACCCGGAGCAAGUGUGUGCUCCGAUUCUGAGCUGCCGUACAUAUCUUACACGGUCGAUAGACCUAUAGGAGAUUCACCCAAAGCAUCAGCUAAGAACCAACGCACCGAUAAGAAGCCUUUACAACGGAGGCAACUCAGUUUACAAGCGAGAAAGAGUAAGCGAGCGCGCGAUAUUGUCGUUGUCGCUCACGCAUCCGGAAUGGCGUUGGAUGAAGAUGCUAGACGAUUACAGGAAAUACCAACUUUUCUUCCAAUAAUGCGGGGCACACUCGGGCUUCCGGUUGCGAGGGACCCCGAAGUGUUGGAAGGUUUAGACUACAGACCUUGGGUGAGACUGACUACGCGCUUACAAGCGCAUUUGGCUGCUUGCGCUCAACCGCUUGCGGCGGAAGAAAUCAGCUUAGCGACUAAAAUCAAAGAGGUAGAUGUGGACAUAUCCCAAUUAUAUUCUAUAAUGGUGGAAAAGCAGCGUGCUAACGCAAGGCACGCGGAAAGAUUGGCUCGCGUCAGAGAAGUUACUCAUCAGCUGUGCAGAUGUAGCUCUUUAUUGGACCAGACUCUACGUGAUAUUGAAGAAUUGAACAAUCUUUUACCAGAAGACAAAAGUUGUUCAUAUAUAAGUCAAGACACGCGAAACCUUUUUGUCAUUUGUCAUAUAAGUUGUAAAUAGUAAGUAUAUCAGUUAAGAGUCUGUGCGGAAAGAGAAUGGGAAUUAGAUCGGAGGGCGCUGUAGUGCUUUUCUACCGUAUUUGUAAGGUUUCACCCCUUUUAGACAUGAUUAAAUACAAAAUACCGCAAGAAAUCACAACAACAAACAAAUCCGUAUCAAUACAAAACAUUGACGUGUUACAGAUUGCUGGGUUUGAUUGCCAAAUAAAAAUCUUAAUGUUAGUUCCGUUUUUCGCCACGCCCAUUCUCUUUCCGCACAGACUCUAGUGUGUUGUGAAAUGUAUAGCU